GGGGUCAUGGGGGACACGGCAGAACGUACUCGACCCACACUUGUCGGCGAGGACUCCCGAGUACGUAACUCGAGAAUGUAAUCUUUUUUUGUGUCCAUUUUUACAAGAGGUGGUAGCGAGCUGGGAAUGAGAAAUUGUCGAUUGGCGACCGACAAGCGACGGAAAUCCAAUAUGGGUACGCCCGCAAGCCGCUGCACGCAAUAUACGACGGGUAUGGGAAACGCAACGUGUUUACCAGGUACUUGUUUUGCGGCUCCUAUUCAACAAUGCCAUGAUCUAGAAUACUUGCCCAUACAAGAAUCAAAAAAAGAAAUACUUAUUUGACAGAGGCUUGGCUACCUCCCUUACUCAGCUUUAAGAUCGAACACUAGCACCUUGUCAUUGCAGCUUCCACUUUAGGCCUCUCUGACCCCGUUACCAAUAGUCGCGUUCAUGGGGGCACACACUCGGGCUUUUUGAUGACACCCUUACGGGCAAAUAUUGGUCUUGGAAGGACGGGAAAUGCGGCGCUAGGUGUGAUAUGAGAAUCCACCUGGUAAAACUACCUCUGUACAACUGAAAGAGAGAGAAAAUUAAGAGCUGAGCACUCACAAGAUGUCGUCUGCGCCUUUUCGCUUCCUGCUAUUCCACCCACCCCAGGGCUCGUCAGUUUAUCCCCAGCUUGAAAGAGAGAAUGCCGAUCUUGCCGUCGCAAGAUGCUUCUCAGUGCUGCCUGUUCUCCAGCUCAAGGCUUUCAUACCAACUGAUACCAUGUAUAAAACGAGGUCAUGCCGACAGGCCAUCAUGUACCUUUUACUGAUACGGAACCAGAGAUUCUCUUCAUCCUUCUACGGACUGCAUAGCAACAAAACCCACACAUCCCUGGCACAUCUCCUCCCCAUUCCUGAAAAAUCUUCCCCAAACGUCCAAAAAUGAGGCUAGCACCCACUCUCAUCCCCCUCCUGCACCUGGCCAUCGCAGCGCCGACCAACCCCCUCGAGCGCCGCCAGAACCUCCCAGUCGGCGACCAGAUUCAGAUCCAGACCGUGACGGUGGCCGGAAACGGCUGCCCGUCGGGCACCUUUACCAACCAGAUCAGCCUUGACCGGACGGCGGUGACGCUGGGCUUUGACCAGUUCGCCGCGGAGCUGACUCCCGCCUCGGACCGGGACAGGACGUGCGCCGUCGUGGUGCAGGCCCGCUACCCGAUUGGGUGCAUCACGACCGUCGUCGAGAACACGCAGCACGGCUUCGCGGAGCUGCCCUCCGGCGUCGUCGGGAACCUGCAGGCAGCCUACGCCGUCACGCCCGGCAGCAUCGUCGGCUCCGCUAGCUCCCAGACCAGCCUCAGCGGCGAGGGCUGGGCGUUUGGGCAGCCCUGGCUCAAGACGGAUAGGAUCUCGACUGCAGUGUCGACCACAUCCACCAGUCGGGACGUGUUCAUGGUCGUCAACUUUAGGGACCUGCUCACUACGGCUGGUAGCGCGACGCUGGCUAGUCUCAGGACUGAUGACAUGACCAUUGCGUUUACGGACCAGCGCAGGUCGCCUGGACAGUGCUGAGUUGUGGUUCCAAACACAUACCGCAACAGCCGGUCCAUACAUGUCCGAAGAGUGGAUCCGAAGUAAUGAUUAGGGACGGUAAUGGGGAUUUUAGCACAGGAGGACCCUGGCAAGAGAAGUGACUCUCGCAUUCGUGUAUAAUAAUAGCAAAUGGAUAUCGUGCAAGCAAACAAACAAGAAACACAACCAAAAGAAUUCAACACAGCCCCAAGUCCUGAAACAAAUCCUCAGCCCUGACGUCCAGCACCGCCGGCCUCUCGUCCUCGAUGCCGAAUCCGGCGAGUAUCUCGUCGUCCAGGUAUCCGUGAUACCCCUGCCCCCGCCUCAUCCAGUUGAGCGACGUAAUGUAAAACAUCUCGGCUCUUUCCACUCCGGCUCCGCCACCAUCUACCGAGGCCGGCAGCACUGUCCUCCUCCGCCCCGAGAUCCACAACGGCCUCCGCGACACGGCAUGCAGCGCAAACGGCGCCUCCUGUCGAAACAGCACCACGUACGCCUCGUACGAGCUCCUGAACCCACGGUACCGCUUGUGCUGCACCACGGUGGCGAUGAAGGUAUUGCCCGGCCCCGGUUUGCAACCCGCAUCCGCGCGUUUGCACAUGGUGAUGGCCAGCGAGUUUGUCGACUGGUGGACCGAGUCAUCCUCGUCGCCCGGGCCAGACAGGAACGAAACCCUUUCCAGGGCAGGGAGGUAGCGCGCCAUGCACGCAGCAUCCGCGGGCGCCGUGUCGGGGCCCAGGUCCCUCCCCACGCUCCCGUCCGCAUUCAGCCGGCCCAGCACCCGCCUCGGGUGCAUGUCGUGAUGCGCGUACAUGGCGCCGUCGCGGUCCCAAAAGACGAAAAAGUUCUUCUCGACGGGGGAGUAGCCGUCGCCGAACGGGCGUUGCAUCUCUGUGCCGCGGGCGAAGAGCUGGUCUGCCAGCGUGAUGGUUUUGUCCACUGGUAUCAUUGCCGCCUGACCAUCAUCGAGGUCCUCACCCCAGCGACUGACGACCCGAAAGUCCUGCACCCACUGCCCAAAGCACGUGAACCCCGAAUUGCUCCCGUACGACACCAAGGGGUCCUCGCCGCGGGGGCCGAAGAAGACGCGCGCGUCGUGGGGACCCUGGUUGAUCUGCAGCAGCUCGAGCGCGGGCCUUUCCGGAUCGUCGCAGGCGUUCCCCUUGGUCCUGGUCGGCGGGAUGCUCAAGGCCACGGGGAACGUGACGCAUGCCAGCUCCCCGCGGCCGUUGACGGCAGCGUCGCACGUGAGCUCGGUGAACCUGCCGAAAGAGUCCGGGGGCGGCGGGUGCUCCUGCGCCACCAUGACGUACGUGUCUUGCUUUGUCGGGUGCGGCAGAACGUUUGGGUUGAUGGCGGUGCGGCCGCCGAACACGAGGGACGUAAAGGGGUUGUUCCUUGCGCCCGGUGCCUUUUUUGCUGCUGCUGCUGCAAGGUUCAGGGCGCCCGAAGACGAGACGACGACGUGCGUUUCCGGGACCGCCUGAGACGCGCCCUGGAAGGGAUCCGUAGACAGCAGCUCGCCGAGCUUUUCGGGUGCAGUCUGCGUAAUGACCAUCUGAGGUGGGUUUGGCGGCGAUUGUGGUUUCUCUUCAUGUUGUUGCGGGAUUGCUGGUGCUGCUGCUGCGAUGUUUCUGCCCUCGUCGCCGUCGUCUGUCCCAAUGUGUUUUGCUACAGCUACGUCUUUGAGAUUGGGCCUCGAGCCCCAUUUCGGUGACGUUGGGUGUGUCCAUAGCUGUUGGUCUGGGUGCUGAGUGGUGGUGUGUUUCCGGAUCAGACGAAUGCUAAGGAAUAUGGCUGUAAUCAGGGGAAUGUAUAGGACGAAGAAUCGCCUGGCUUCCCUGGAAAUCAUGAUCCCGCACACAGUCUUGAUUUACUGACUAAGUAAAAUGAAGCCAGCUUCUAUUUCCGUCUUGUUUUGUUCCUUGUAA